AUGGUUCUUACCGGACACUGCCUGUGCAAGGCCGUCACCUACACCAUCAACGUCGAGAAGCCCUUGCUUACCGGCUAUGACCACUGCGACGACUGCCAACGCCAGAGCGGAUCGACUUAUUCCCUCGUCGCCGUUGUCCCCAAGGCCGAGCUCACCAUAAACGGCCCCACCAAGAGCUGGGCUGGCAAAGGCAGCUCUGGCAAGGCCGUCCACCGUAUCUUCUGCUCGGAAUGCGGAUCCCCCAUUGCUCACGACCCUGAUGCCGCUCCCGAGAUCAUCGCCAUCAAGGCCGGCACUCUAGACGCCGAAAUCAAAAAGACCCUAAAGCCGGAUACUGAGAUCUGGACCGUGUCCAAGCUUCCUUUCUGCCAGGAGAAUUUGGCUCAUCCUUUCACUCAUAUGCCUGCCUAA